CUCUUUGUAAGAUGACUCUCGUCAUGAGAUAUAAAACCUCGCUGCUCACACUUAGCUGGCACUUGCUGUUUUCGUAGCACUGUGCAGCGUUUGACAGCAUUAUGCCAAAUAUUAUUAAGAGCUUUUUAGUGGGAUAUGAUCCCAUUAACAAAAGCAAUACUUUUGUUAGUGGCGAUUAUAUUACAGGACAAAUUACACUGGAGUUGUCACAGGAAUGCAAAAUACAGUCACUCUUUGUAAAGCUGAAGGGAAAGGCGGAAGUCUUAUGGAGAGAAUACGAUGGAAAAACCGUCAUAACCUAUCACAGCAAAGACAAAUACUUCACCAUCAAGCAGUUUGUCAUUCAGGAAUCUCAGGGUAAUACUGUAAUUCCCCCAGGCUGCCAUGUCUACCCAUUCACCUUUCAGAUCCCAGCACAAGAGCUGCCGUCCUCCUUCAGGGGCUCAUGUGGAAAGAUUGUGUACAGAUUGGAGGCAAAUCUGAGCCGCUCAAUGAGAAAAGACAGCAAAGCAAAGGCAGAGUUCACUCUCAUCCACAAAGAAAACCUUGAUCGAGAGCUUAUGACUCCACAGCAAGAUAUGACUGAUAAGAAGAUGAACCUCUUCACAUCAGGAUCAGUGGCCAUGGAUGUAAGCAUUCCAAAAACAGCCUUCCUCCAAGGAGAAGACAUAAAGGUCGUGGCUUCAGUUCAGAACAAAUCCUCUCGUGACAUUAAACUCAAGUACUGUCUGUACAGAAAGUACAGCUACUUUGCAAGUAAGAAAAGGAAACUUGAAACAAAAGACAUCCUGAAAGAGGAGGGUGAAGCCAUCCCACAAUCUGCAGGUCAGACAGUCACCAAGAUCAUCACCGUCCCUUCCACCGAGACUGCCUCAGUCCUAAACUGCAACAUCAUCAAAGUAGAGUACAGACUCCGGGUCCAUCUGGAUGUGAAGUAUGCUUCAAACCCAGAGAUCAAGUUCCCCAUAGUCAUCCUGCCUGCUUUAGAGGGGUCUGAUAAGCAGCAGUCAUCUGACUAUUCAGCCAGUGGAUUUGAAGCAUCUUCAAACUCUGACUUUCCAGAAGGGGCAAGCUUUCUACAAAAUCCAGCUGCCCCUGGAGUUGAUGGCUUACCACCUUCCUAUGAGACAUAUGACAUGUACCCCUCCCUGAACAGUUCAGACAGAAAGUCCUAGAAGCUCGGCUACAGAUUUGGAGGCUUUUUAUUUCUGAUUCUGAUUUACACAAUACAGUACAAUACUACUUUAUUUGUAUGGCACAUUUAAAACCAGCGGUACACCAAAGUGCUUUACAGUAAUACAAUAAUUUAGAGAAAGACACAUUAACAGGGAAUAAAUACACCAACAGGUGGAGAGCACUAAUUAGCCGCAGCACAGUGAAAAUAUGUAAAAGAAAAUACCAACACAACUCAACUAAGAGAUUAUUCAGCAAUAAAAUAGAAUAAAAUGAUUAAAACUACAUAAAAGAACAUUUGCAGGAUACA